GCCGGUAAUCGGCUUUUACUCAGAGGGGACAUGUACACUGAUCAUCAGGGCACCAUCAGUGCCACAGCAGUGCCACAUAUCAGUGCCUACCAGUGCACAUCAGUGCCACAUAUCAGUGCCCAUCUGAGCUGCCUUUCAGUGUUACCUAUCAUGUGCCACCUAUCAAUGCCAGUCAAUGCUACCUAUCAGUGCAGCCAAUCAGUCCCAGUCAGUGCUGCCUAUCAGUGCCAGUCAGUGCCGCCUGGCAGUGCGCAUCGGUGCUGCCUAGCAGUGCCCAUCAGUGCUGCCUAUCAGUGCCGCCUAACAGUGCCAGUCAGUGCCACCUAACAGUGCCAUCAGUGCUGCCUAUCAGUGUCAGUCAGUGCCGCCUAUCAGUGCCAUAUAUGAGUGCUGCCUUUCAGUGCCCAUCAGUGAUGCCUGUCAAUGCCCAUCAGUGCCACCUACAGUGCCUCCUCAUCAGUGCCCAUCAGUGCCACCUAUCAGUGUCCAUCAGUGCAGCCUAUCAGUGCCCAUCACUGUAGCCUCAUUAGUGCACAUCAGCAAGGAAAUAAAUCACUUAUUUACAAAAUUUUAUAA